AUCUCUGCUUACAUACGAUGGUUUCCGCGACGUUUCAUCAUCUCCGCCUCCUUCUUCCUCCCCAGCUUCGGCCUCGCUGCUGAAUCUAUCGGUCCUGACCGCCGUCUUUCCUUUUCUGUUUGGUUCGUCCAGACUCGUUGAACCGAUUUUCUCCACCGGUUCCCAGCUCUCCUUCCAAUCCCAUUUGUCUUAUUGUCAUUGUCGCUCAUCAGUCCUGCUAGCGCAGCGCUGGGUCCAUCCCGCCAUCAUGAAGUCGCCGACCUCCGCAAUUCUUAGCUGUCUCUACUUGCUCUCGACCCCCUUGUCAUCGGUCUAUGCAGCCUCCGACUCGGGAUCGAAAGAUGCCCUUUCUCCCUGCGUCGCGCGCUCUCCAACCUCCGGUCUUUAUUACGAUUUGAACGCUAUCUCUCUUUCCCCGCCCAGUCCUAACGGCGAGAAGUCUCGCAAAACCACGCGCGAUGAAAGCUGGCAUGCCAAGGGCCAUGACUACGCGGCGAACUUCACGCUGAAUGUCUGUGCUCCGGUGGUGGAGAAUAUCACGGAUGUGGUGGGGGUUGAACCCGAACGGUGGCAGAAUGUCAGUGCCUACUACAAGAAGGAGGGCAACAUCUAUUCGAUAGGGCAACAAGCGUCUGAGCCGUUCUUCCGUGGACGCAAGCUGGUCUUGAAUUACACCGAGGGCUCUCCGUGUGCGGGCGAGUACCUUGGGAAUGGCUCGCGCAACAAGUCCACGAUCAUGUCCUUCCUUUGUGACCGUGACGCACAGGGAUCGCAGGCGAUUCCGUCCUUCGUCGGCACCAUGGAUGACUGCACCUAUUUCUUCGAGGUCCGGAGCGCUGCCGCCUGUGGCGGUAUUGCUCGUGCCGACGGCCAGGGUCUGGGACCCGCCGGCGUCUUUGGUGUGAUUGCUCUGAUUGCCGUCGCGGCGUACCUCAUCGGUGGCUGCGCCUAUCAACGAACGGUCAUGCACCAGCGCGGCUGGCGACAAUGUCCGAACUUCAGCCUCUGGGCAGGGAUGCUCGAUUUUGUCAAAGACAUGGUCGUCAUUCUCUUCUCCUCUCUCGGCCGUCUCCUCCGUUGCCGACGAUCCCCUGCGCUCGGCAACCGCGCCAAUGGCAGUAUCCAUCGCGGACGACGCUCCAGUGUGGAUGCCGAGAACCGACUAAUAGAUCAAUUGGACGAGCAAUGGGAGGACUGA